CAGAAAAAAGGUCACAUUUCACACAUUUAUAUACAUAGGAACCAGCAAAAAAAUAGAUCAUCCAGCAAAAACCACAAUCAAGAUCCCCGGUAGGUUGAGUAAUUCCAAGGUCCCAACAGCACGGGCACAUGAUAAUGGCGCCAACCCUCCUCACCGUCCUUGCCACGACCCUUAACGGUGAACUUCACCUCAACCUCCGGCCAGAAGCUCUCGAUACCCUGAGCCUCAUACCAGGGUCCAACAUCGAAGCGCACCGCCCAAUUGGUCUUGCUAUCGGCCGCGGGGAGCGCAGCCAGGAUCUCUUGGACGGAGGCGGCGGCGCUGGCGCUGGCGCCAGUGGGCGUCCACUUUGCGACACGACCGUCGGCGUUGGUCGUAGCGUGGAAGGUGACCGGGCUGGAGGGUGAGGCGGGCGCCGAUAGCAGGGUCAGAGUGACGGGCAAGUUGGCGGCGGGUGUGCCGGUCAGGGUAUUGAGACAGUGGCAGGUAAUGGGAUCGCGGGACAUGGUGGGUGGUUGAGGUCGAGUGUUGGAGGGUGUAGAUGUGGAGCUGUUGGAGGGAGAGAGCUGUUGCUGAACGAGGGCGAGGCGGUUGGUGAUGCGGCCCUGGGAGGAAUCACUAGAGUCCAUGAAAUUGAUGAUGAGAUGAGGAGGAGAGAGAAGAGGAAAUUGUACGAGGAGAAAAGAGAUCUAGAAGGAUAACCAGACGGGGAGUGAUUGCCAUUAUUUCUACGGGACUGCCAUCGGAGAGCACCGAUAGCUGCGGAGGAUGCCACGGCGGGGUGGAGCGGGCAGAGCAUUCUGGGGAGAUUUGACGAUAAUACAUUUUUUAGAGAGGUUCGAAGAAUGUAGAACAUCAUUUUGGAUUUUAGAUAGUACUAUUGGACCGUCCAACAAUACUCAAAUGGCAGUAGCCUAACUGUUGGUCUAUACUGAAUUCUUCGCACAGCAAGCAUCAACGGGCAGGACACCGCAAACCAUUGGGCCAACCUCUCAUACGAGACAUUCUUUACUCUGCUACAAUGGUUUUACCUCAUGAAAGGAUAGAACAUUGAGUGCGGCUACGUUCAAUACUUCUUUCUCGUUUCCCUUGUCCAGGACACCCUGUCAUAUCCGUCUAGACUAUCUUCCCGAACGUUCGAUCGCUUUGCGGGGCAAAUCCUCAAUUUCGAACCUCAAACGCCUCCCCGCCAGAAUACCAACGGAGCAGACCCAUACCUCCCCCUCCCCCCGACCCUGCCUCUCCCUUCCCCCUUCGGCCAUUUCUGUAUAGCCGAACAUGUCCUCUACCGCUGUGGUCCAUGGUGACGACCUCGACAUGGAGCCCACGCUCCAGUCGAUCCUGAAUCAGAACACCCUCCGCUGGAUCUUCGUCGGCGGGAAAGGUGGUGUCGGCAAGACCACCACCUCAUGCUCUCUCGCCAUCCAGCUGGCCAAAGUCCGCAAGUCGGUCCUGCUGAUCUCGACCGAUCCCGCCCACAAUCUCAGUGAUGCUUUUGGUCAGAAAUUCGGAAAGGAGGCCCGUCUGGUCGACGGCUACACCAACCUGAGCGCCAUGGAGAUCGACCCCAAUGGCAGUAUCCAGGACCUCUUGGCGAACGGUGACGGUCAGGGUGAAGAUCCCAUGGCAGGUCUGGGCAUGGGAAACAUGAUGCAGGACCUGGCGUUCAGCAUCCCCGGUGUUGACGAGGCCAUGUCCUUUGCCGAAGUCCUGAAGCAAGUGAAGUCCCUCUCCUACGAGACCAUCGUCUUUGAUACCGCCCCGACCGGCCAUACUCUGCGUUUCCUGCAAUUCCCCACCGUCCUCGAGAAGGCUCUCGCCAAGCUCUCGCAGCUGUCCACCCAAUUUGGCCCGAUGCUGAACUCGAUUCUCGGCGCGCGGGGUGGUCUCCCUGGUGGCCAGAACAUGGACGAGCUGCUCCAGAAGAUGGAGUCGCUCCGUGAGACGAUCAGCGAGGUCAACUCGCAGUUCAAGGACCCCGACAUGACUACCUUUGUCUGUGUUUGCAUUGCAGAGUUCCUGUCGCUAUACGAGACGGAACGUAUGAUCCAGGAAUUGACCAGCUACGGCAUUGAUACCCACUCCAUUGUGGUCAACCAGUUGCUGUUCCCCAAGGAUGGGAGCAGCUGCGACCAGUGCAACGCCCGGAGGAAGAUGCAGAAGAAGUACCUCGAGCAGAUUGAGGAGCUCUACGAGGACUUCAACGUGGUGCGCAUGCCUCUAUUGGUGGAGGAGGUUCGCGGAAAGGAGAAGUUGGAGAAGUUCAGCGACAUGUUGGUACACCCGUAUGUGCCCCCGCAGUAAGUAGUUGACCGGAGCAUGAAGAGUGUACGAGCUGGGAUAUCUCGUCGGACGAAUUAUGAAAAGACUAGAGCAAUAAUAUUUUGAUGCCAAU